AUGAUCUGUAACUCUGUGACAGUGGUGCUCUGCGUCUCCCAAGUGUACUGGACGGCUGAGGUUCACCACGCCAUCCGCGAUGGCGUGCACGGCCUGCGCGAAUACUACCGAAAGCUGCAGGACCAGAUGAACGACCUCGUGUCUCUAGUGCGCGGACAGCUGAGCAAGCAGUCCCGAAUCACACUCGGCGCUCUGGUCGUCAUUGAUGUGCACGCGCGCGACGUGGUGCAGGGCCUGGCCGAUAAGGGCGUCAGCUCCGAGAGCGACUUCGAGUGGCUGGCCCAGCUCAGGUAUUACUGGGAGGAGGAAAACUGCAAGGUGCGCUUGAUCAACGCCACUGUGCCGUACGCGUACGAAUAUCUGGGCAACACGCCGCGGCUGGUGAUCACGCCGCUGACGGACCGCUGCUACCGCACCCUGAUCGGGGCCUACCACCUGCACCUGAACGGCGCCCCGGAGGGCCCGGCCGGCACUGGCAAGACGGAGACCACCAAGGACCUGGCCAAGGCGCUGGCCGUCCAGUGUAUCGUCUUCAACUGCUCCGACGGGCUCGACUAUAUCGCCAUGGGCAAGUUCUUUAAGGGCCUGGCAUCGUCUGGCGCCUGGGCCUGCUUCGACGAGUUCAACCGGAUCGAUUUGGAGGUGCUGUCCGUGGUGGCUCAGCAGAUCCUGUCCAUCGUCAGGGCCGUCCAGGCCGGUGUGGAGACGUUCGUGUUCGAGGGCACCGAGCUGCGACUGAACCCCUCCUGUUACGUGUGCAUCACCAUGAACCCGGGCUACGCCGGACGAUCAGAGCUGCCUGACAACCUCAAGGUGCUGUUCCGGACAGUGGCCAUGAUGGUGCCCGACUACACACUGAUCGGCGAGAUCUCCCUGUACUCGUUCGGCUUCGUCGACGCCCGCAGCCUCUCUGUCAAGAUCGUCUCCACCUAUAAACUGUGCUCGGAGCAGCUGUCUUCGCAGUUUCAUUACGAUUACGGCAUGCGGGCCGUGAAGGCCGUGUUGGCUGCCGCCGGCAACCUCAAGCUCAAGUACCAGCAGGAGCGGGAGGACAUCCUCAUCCUGCGCUCCAUCAUCGACGUGAACUUGCCCAAGUUUCUGGCGCACGACAUCCCGCUCUUCCAGGGCAUCGUUUCCGACCUGUUCCCGGGGGUCACGCUGCCCAAGCCCGACUACGGCAAAUACGUCGAGUCCAUCCAGGAGGCGUGUGCCUCCAAGAACCUGCAGCCGGCCGAGGUGUUCGUGGAGAAGGUGCUGCAGGUGUACGAGAUGAUGAUCGUGCGCCACGGCUUCAUGCUGGUCGGCGAGCCGUUCGGUGGCAAGACGUCCAUCUUGAAGGUGUUGGCGCAAACACUCGGCCUGAUGCGUGACAAGGGUGAGGAUGAACUGAAGGUUCAGAUGGGCUGGAUGAAUCCCAAGGCUAUCACCAUGGGCCAGCUGUACGGACAGUUUGACCCCGUGUCGCACGAGUGGACGGACGGGGUGUGCGCCACCAUGUUCAGACAGAUGGCCAGCAGCGAACUGCCGGACCGACAGUGGGUGAUCUUCGACGGCCCGGUGGACGCCGUCUGGAUCGAGAACAUGAACACGGUGCUGGACGACAACAAGAAGCUGUGCCUGAUGUCGGGAGAGGUGAUCCAGAUGUCGCCCUCCAUGUCGCUCAUCUUCGAGGUGAUGGAUCUCUCUCAGGCGUCGCCGGCUACCGUGUCGCGCUGCGGCAUGAUCUACGUGGAGCCGCGCUCUCUGGGCUGGCGGCCGCUGCUGACCUCCUGGCAGGCGCAGCUGGACCCCAGCUGGGCAGCCGAUCCCACUGUGGCCGACUACCUCAGCGCUGCCAUCGUCUGGCUCUUCGACAACAGCUACGACUUCAUGCGCCACCACUGCCGCGAGGUGGUGCCAACCAGCGCCAGCAACCUGGCUCGCUCCCUGAUGAACCUGGUGGAGAUGACUGUGACGGACACGCUGGCCGACUGCAAGGAGAAGGACCGCGAGAAGCACCUGCGCACCUGGCUACUCUCGUCUGUCGUGUUCGCCACGGUCUGGUCGGUCGGUGGCGUGCUGGACGAUGCCAGCCGCCAGAAGUUUGACGAGUUCUUCAAGAACCUGCACGCAGGCCUGGACGAGGCGUACCCGGUGCCGGCCGAGCUGGGCAAGGUGGACGUACCGAUGCCGCCGGACGGCUCCGUGUACGACUAUUACUACGAGUACAAGGCGCGCGGCCAGUGGCGCUCCUGGAACGAGCUGGCGCGCGCCGCCGAGCACGCGGGCGCCGAGGUCAAGAACAUCCGAGCCACCAUCGUGCCGACCAUCGACACGGCCCGGUACACCUACCUGAUGGAUUUGUGCAUUCGCCAUCGCCAUCCCCUUCUGAUCGUCGGUCCCACGGGCACGGGUAAGAGUGCGUACGUGCAGAACAAGCUCAUGCACCAGCUCGACCCGGAGAGUUUCAUUCCUUUCUUCGUCACUUUCUCCGCCCAGACGACCGCCAACCAGACGCAGGACCUCAUCAUGUCGCGCCUGGACAAACGGAAGCGAGGCCUAUACGCGCCGCCGCUCGGCAGGCGCUGCGUCAUAUUCGUCGACGACGUGAACAUGCCGGUGCGAGAGAUCUACGGUGCGCAGCCCCCGAUCGAGCUGCUGCGCCAGUUCCUGGACCACGGCAACUGGUACGACCGCAAAGACUGCACCAAGAUAUUCAUGGAGAAUGUACAGUUUCUGUGUGCCAUGGGGCCGCCGGGCGGAAGUCGUCAGGAAAUCACCCCUCGCUUCCUGCGUCACUUCAACGUUGUCUCCAUCAACUCUUUCUCGGAGGCCACGAUGAGUCGCAUCUUCACCUCCCUGCUCUCCGUCUACAUGAGGAACUGCGGCUUCUCGGCCGACAUGUUUAGCCAGGCGUCGGCCAUCGUGGCGGCCACCAUCGAGGUGUACUCGGCCGCCAUGUCCAACCUGCUACCCACGCCCACCAAAUCGCACUACACGUUCAACCUGCGCGACCUGGCUCGGGUGGUGCUCGGCUGUACGCUCGUCAAAAAAGAGUCGGUCGACAACAAGCGCGUCUUUACCCGGCUGUGGGUGCACGAGGUGUACCGUGUGUUCUACGAUCGGCUGGUGGAGGCCUCAGACCGCACCUGGCUGUAUCAGCUGGUUCGGGAGUGCGUCAAGAACCACUUCAAGGACACAUUCGACGCUGUGUUCGAGCGGCUGAGUACGUCAUCAGGACAGGUGACCGAGGAGGGUCUCAACAGUCUGAUGUUCGGUGACUACAUGGACCCCGACCUGCUCCCGGAGGAGCGCAAAUACGAGGAAGUCACUGACCUCGACCGGCUGCUCGAGGUCUGCACGCAGUCGCUGCAGGAAUACAACAUGACGCACAAGACCGGCAUGGACCUGGUGCUCUUCAGGUACGUGCUGGAGCACCUGUCGCGCAUCUGCCGCGUGCUCUCGACGCCCGGUGGCAACGCGCUGCUGGUGGGCGUGGGCGGCUCUGGGCGCCAGUCGCUGACGCGGCUGGCCGCCUCCAUGGCACAGUUCCAGCUGUUCCAGCCUGAGAUCAGCAAACAGUACGGCCGCCAGGAGUGGCGCGACGACAUCAAGGCCACACUGCGCGGCGCCGGCGGACUCGGCAAGCCCACCGUCUUCCUGCUGACCGACUCGCAGAUCAAGGAGGAGUCCUUCCUCGAGGACAUCGACUCGCUGCUCAAUUCGGGCGAGGUGCCCAACCUCUUCCCACCGGACGAGAAGCAGGAGGUCAUGGAGUUGGUACGAAACCUGGCGACUGGAGGAAAAAAGAAUGCCGACAUCAGCCCGUUGCAGCUUUUCGCCUUCUUCAUCCAGAGAUGUCGCGACUUGUUUCACAUUGUCAUCGCCUUCAGCCCGAUCGGAGACGCCUUCCGCAAUCGGCUGCGCCAGUUCCCCUCGCUGGUGAACUGUUGCACCAUCGACUGGUUCCAGCCCUGGCCGGAGGAGGCAUUGGAGCGUGUGGCUCAAAAGUUCCUGGAGGCCGUGGAUCUGGAGGAUGACGUCAAGCUGGCCACCAUCGACGUCUGCAAGUACUUCAACAAGUCGGCCAUGGACAUGGGCGUCCGGUUCCUGGCCACGUUGGGUCGCCGCGUCUACAUCACACCGUCCUCCUUCCUGGACCAGAUCCACGCCUUCCGCAAGCUCAUCUCACAGCGGCAGCGGGAGACCAGCGAAGCCCGCAACCGGUAUCUGGGUGGCCUCAACAAGCUGGCCUUCGCCGCAUCCCAGGUGCACGACAUGCAGGUGGAGCUGGAGGCGCUGCAGCCCAAGCUGGUGGCGGCCGCGCACGAGACAGAGGAGAUGGUCCGCGUUAUCGAGAUAGAGUCAGCCCAGGUGGCCGAGAUGUCUGCCAAGGUGAAGGAGGACGAAACGGCGGCCAAUGUGAAGGCAGAGGCGGCCACCAAGCUGAAGGAGGAGUGUGAGGCGGACCUGGCCGAGGCACUGCCCGCGCUGGAAGCCGCUCUGGCGGCGCUGGAUACGCUGAAGCCCGCCGACAUCACGCUGGUGAAGUCCAUGAAGAACCCGCCGGCCGCUGUUAAGGUGGUCAUGGCCGCCGUCUGCGUCAUGAAGGAGGUGAAGCCUGACCGAGUCAACGACCCCAAGAAGCCCGGACAGAAGAUGAACGACUACUGGGGGCCCAGCCUGAAGAUCCUGACGGACACUGCGUUCCUGACGUCGCUGCGCGAGUACGACAAGGACAACAUUCCGCCGGCCGUGAUCGAGCGCAUUCGGCGCGAGUACAUGAAGGACCCGCUGUUCGUGCCGGCCGUGGUGGCCAAGGCGUCCAGCGCCGCCGAGGGGCUCUGCAAGUGGGUCAAGGCCAUGGAGAGCUACGACCGGGUCGCCAAGAUCGUGGCGCCAAAGAAGGCGAAUCUGGCGCAGGCCGAGGCGGAGCUGGCCGAGACCAUGGCGAUCCUGGACGAGAAGCGAGCCGAGGUGGCAACACUGGAGGCCCGGCUGCAGCAGCUCAAGGACCAGUACCAGGAGGCGUGCGAGCGCAAGCAGCACCUCACCGAAGAGGUGCAGCUGUGCGAGAUGAAGCUGGAGCGCGCUCAGAAGCUGAUCGGCGGUCUGGGCGGUGAGAAGGACCGCUGGUCGACGGCCGCCGCCGACCUGCUGGCCGUGUACGGCAACCUGACGGGAGAUGUGCUCGUCUCUUCGGGCGCCAUCGCCUACCUGGGGCCCUACACGGCCAACUUCAGAGACGCAUGCCUGCAGGACUGGCUCAAACAUGUCGGCUCCAAGAAGCUGAAGCUCUCGGACGACUUCAGCGUCAGCAAGACGCUGGGUUCGCCUAUCACCAUACAGGCGUGGAACAUCAACGGACUGCCCAAGGACUCGUUCUCCAUUGAUAACGCUGUCAUCACCCAGGUGUCCCGGCGAUGGCCGCUGAUGAUAGACCCCCAGGGUCAGGCCAACAAGUGGAUCAAGAACAACGAACGCGACAACAAGAUGGCUGUCGUCAAGCUGUCGGACUCGGACUUCAGCCGCGCCCUGGAGAACGCCAUUCAGUUUGGCAACCCGAUCCUGCUGGAGAACGUGGCGGAGGAGCUGGACCCGUCGCUGGAGCCGCUGCUGCUGCGCCAGACCUUCAAGCAGGGCGGCGUCGAGAUGAUCAAGCUGGGCGAGGCGAUCAUCGAGUACUCGCCCGACUUCAGGUUCUUCAUCACGACGAAGCUGCGCAACCCGCACUACCUGCCCGAGAUAUCGACCAAGGUGACGCUGCUCAACUUCAUGAUCACGCCCGAGGGACUCGAGGACCAGCUGCUCGGCAUUGUGGUGGCUAAGGAGCGCCCUGAGCUGGAGGCCGAGCGCCAGGCCCUGAUCGUGCAGACGGCCAACAACAACCGCGCCCUGAAGGAGGUCGAGGACAAGAUCCUGCACACGCUCUCCCAGUCAGAGGGCAACAUUCUGGAGGACGAAACUGCCAUCCAAGUCCUCGACUCGUCCAAGGCCAUCUCUGACGAGAUCAACAAGAAACAGGUGGUGGCAAAGAAGACGGAGAAGACGAUCGAGGUGUCGCGCCUGGAGUACCGGCCGAUGGCCAGCCACUCGUCCGUCCUCUUCUUCUCCAUCACGGAUCUGCCCAACAUCGACCCCAUGUACCAGUACAGCCUUUCGUGGUUCGUCAACCUCUACGUGAACAGCAUCGAGAGCAGCAACAAGUCCAAGAACUUGGAGAAACGCUUGCGCCACCUUCGAGAUCAUUUCACCUACAACUUGUACUGCAACGUUUGUCGCUCACUCUUCGAGAAGGACAAGCUUCUCUUCUCUUUCAUUCUCUGCUGCAAUCUUCUCAUGGUCCAGGGCAAGAUCGACUCCAAGGAGUCGACGUUCCUGCUGACGGGAGGUGUUGGCCUGGACAACCCGCUGCCCAACCCGGCCCCCGAGUGGCUCAACGACAAGUCCUGGGACGAGAUAUGUCGUCUCACCGAGGUCCCCGCCUUCAAAGACUUCCUGCCCAGCUUCAAGGCGACUCUGGCCGAGUGGCAGGAGGUCUACAACAGCAAGGAGCCGCACAACAUGCAGCUGCCCGAGCCUUGGCACUCGAACACCACCGAGUUCCAGAAGAUGAUGCUCAUACGUUGCGUCCGGCCCGACAAGAUCGUGCCCAUGGUGACCAAUUUCGUAGCCAACAACAUCGGCCAGAAGUUUGUGUCGCCGCCGCCUUUCGACCUGGCCAAGUCUUACGCGGACUCCAACUGUCUGGUGCCGCUCAUCUUCGUGCUGUCGCCGGGCGCCGACCCGAUGGCGGCGCUGCUCAAGUUCGCCGAGGACCGCGGCUACGGCGGUGCCAAGUUUAACGCCAUCUCGCUCGGCCAGGGCCAGGGGCCGGUGGCGCACGAGAUGAUCUGCAAGGCACAGGAGGAGGGCACGUGGGUGGCGCUGCAAAACUGCCACCUGGCCGUCUCCUGGAUGCCCACCUUGGAGAAGAUCUGCGAAGACUUCAACAUGGAGGACACCAACCCCACCUUCCGGCUUUGGCUCACCAGCUACCCCAGCCCCAAGUUUCCAGUGACGGUGCUGCAGAACGGCGUCAAGAUGACCAACGAGCCGCCCACCGGGCUGCGCAUGAACCUGUUGCAGUCCUACCUGGGCAACCCCAUCAACGACGAGGCUUUCUAUUCGGGCUGCCCCGGAAAGGAGGUGAUCUUCUCAAAACUUCUCUUCGGGCUGUGCUUCUUCCACGCUCUGGUGCAGGAGCGGCGCAAGUUCGGUGCACAGGGAUGGAACAUCCCAUACGGCUUCAACGAGUCCGACUUGCGCAUCUCGGCCAUGCAGCUGCAGAUGUUCAUCAACGAGUACGACGCGGUGCCGUACGCGGCGCUCAAGUAUCUAACGGGAGAGUGCAACUACGGCGGCCGCGUGACCGAGGACUGGGACCGGCGCACGCUCAACACCGUGCUCGCCGACUUCUGCAACGCGCGGCUCGUCUCGGAGAGCAAGUACAAACUGUCACCGUCCGGCAACUACUUCGUGCCCAACAAGAUCAACUACGACGACUACGUGGAGUAUAUUAAGAGCCUGCCGACCACACAGCUGCCUGAGGUGUUCGGCAUGCACGAUAACGUGGACAUCAGCCGCGAGCUGGCCGAGACGCGGCUGCUGUUCGACUCGGUGCUGAUCAUCCAGGGCGGCGGCGCGGGCGGCGCCGGCGCCAACAUCGAUCACGCCUACGGCAUCGCCUCCGACAUCCUUGACAAGGUGCCUGACGUUUUUGACCUGGAGGCAGCAGGGGCCAAGUUCCCCGUGACAUACAAUGAGUCCAUGAAUACGGUGUUGGUGCAAGAGAUGGAGCGUUUCAAUCGACUCAUAUCCGUCAUUAGAACUACACUUCAGAACCUCAAGAAAGCCGUAAAGGGUCUGGUGGUGAUGUCGCCUGACCUGGAGGCCGUAGCCCAGUCCUUGCUGGUCGGCAAGGUGCCUGCACUCUGGGCCAAGUCCUCCUAUCUCAGCAGGAAGCCGCUGGGCAGCUACAUCAACGACCUGCUGGAGAGGCUGAACCUGCUGCAGACCUGGUACGAGCACGGCAAGCCGCGCAUCUUCUGGCUGUCGGGCUUCUACUUUACGCACGCCUUCCUGACGGGCGCCAUGCAGAACUUCGCGCGCAAGUACGUGCUGCCGAUCGACCGGCUGACGUUCGACUUCGUCUACCUGGCCGAGGAGCCGGCCGAGGUGCCGGCCGACGGCGUGCUCAUCAACGGCCUCUUCCUCGACGGCGCCAGAUGGGACCAUGACAAGGGCGUGCUGGCCGAGCAGCUCCCCAAGGUGCUGUACUACUCCUUGCCGACCAUCUGGCUGAAGCCGGUGGAGAAGGAUCAGUUGGAGGUGGGCUCGCGUUACCUGGCGCCGCUCUACAAGACGUCGGAGCGGCGCGGCACGCUCAGCACUACCGGGCACAGCACCAACUUUGUGCUGCCGUUCCUGCUACCGACGCUGCUGCCGCCCGAGCAUUGGGUGAAGCGUGGCACGGCGCUGCUCUGUCAGCUGGAUGACUGAGGCGCCGCCCGCGCUAGCCGCGCUCGCAGUUGACAGACGCCGGCUGGCCCGCCUCCCUCCCUGCCCGCGCCGACUCUUUUUGCUACAACGGGCGUGACCGACUAUGACUAAAUAGAGAUGGCAGGUCAAAAUGACUAAGCAUCCGGGGAACAGUUGUGAUGAAUGCGUAUAGAUGGGUGAUUCAAGUUGUUAUUGUCGUCUAAAGCACAACGUCUGAAGUCUGCUGUUUAUGUUGCAUGCGGUUCGGCAACGCAUAUUCCGUGGUUGCUGAUAUGAACAGCGUAACAACGCAUGGUGACCGAGUUCAAGUUCAUGUAGCCCACUGAAACGAACGAAAUGAAGGGUGACUGCGAUAUUUAUAUAUAAUGAAAGAUCUCACCGAGCACUUUUGCUUCGUGCCUGAAUCGAAGCGAGAAGAAAAUUGUAAAUGCAUCCUGUAUCAGAAUUAUUGUACUUGUCACAUGAUGUGCGGAUGAUCGCGAUACCACCUGAGAAAGUUGGUACGUUUUCUGUUCCCUAAGCUCU